CCCAGCAGGUAAACUCCACCAUGGCGGCGAGAGGCCAUGUGCAGGACCCCAACGACAGGAGACUGAGACCCAUAUACGAUUACCUUGAUAAUGGCAACAAUAAAAUGGCGAUACAGCAGGCAGAUAAACUGCUGAAGAAACACAAGGACCUGCACUGUGCCAAGGUCCUAAAGGCCAUCGGCCUUCAGCGGACCGGGAAGCAGGAUGAAGCGUUCACUCUGGCGCAGGAAGUGGCCACUCUGGAGCCCACUGACGACAACUCGCUACAAGCUCUGACUAUUCUGUACAGGGAGAUGCAUCGUCCCGAGUUGGUCACCAAGCUGUACGAAGCGGCGGUGAAGAAGGUCCCUCUCAGCGAGGAGUAUCACUCUCACCUCUUCAUGGCGUACGCUCGUGUGGGCGAGUACAAGAAGAUGCAGCAGGCAGGAAUGGCCUUGUAUAAAAUCGUCCCCAAGAAUCCUUAUUACUUCUGGUCUGUCAUGAGUCUGGUGAUGCAGGCCAUCUCAGCACAAGAUGAAAAACUGGCCCAGACGAUGUUCCUGCCUCUGGCUGAACGCAUGGUGGAGAAAAUGGUGAAGGAGGAGAAGAUUGAAGCAGAAGCAGAGGUGCAGCUGUAUUUUAUGAUCCUGGAGCGAUUGGGAAAAUGUGUAGAGGCUCUCGAAGUGAUCAGGGGCCCACUGGGGGAGAAGCUGACCAGCGAGCUGCAGAGCAGAGAAAACAAGUGUAUGAUGCUCUACCAGAGACUACAGCGCUGGCCCGAAUGUAACUCGCUGGCGCACAAACUGCUGCUUAAAAAUCCUGAUGAUUGGCAGUUUUAUCCCUCCUACUUUGACUCUCUCUUCCACCUGAUGGAUCAGUCGUGGAGUCCGCCAGAAGAAGGAGAGCACUGUUCGGAGGGUUCGGUUCAUCACACUGUGGCCGAGGUGGUGAGGUUUGUGGAGGAGAGGAUCAAAGGGGAGGACGGCAAAGACUCCCGCUCGCUCAGAGGACCUUAUUUAGCUCGUCUUGAAUUAAUGCACAGACUGAGAGAACGGGGCUGUCCUGAGGAAAGCCUGUUAGGUGAGCCUUUAGAGCUAAUGGUGCAGUUCUUUGGGAAGUUUGGAGACAAACCCUGCUGCAUCACCGACCUAAAAAUAUACCUCCAUCUGCUCUCUCCGGAGCAGCAUGUGCAGUUUAUUAACCGUCUGAGUGAAGCGGUCCCGCUGGGGGAGCAGGGAGAGGAGGGAUUCGCUUUCCCAGAGGACACCAAAGCGCUGCAGAGGCAUUUGUGUGUGUGUCAGCUGAGUCGAGCGCUCGGGCUGCAUCACGCUCUCGACGUGGACGGGAAGCUGCGGCUCAUCACGGAGCUCAAAGCUCACUAUCGGCACGGACUCAAGUUUGGGAAAAACGCUCUGAAGACGGAGCUGCAGUUCUCUGAUAUGUAUUGUCUCAUGGCAGCUCAUGUAUACAUCGACUUAUGGACGGACACCGGGGAUGAGAACAUGGUGUGGCAGUGUUUGGGCGUCCUCCAGGAGGGUCUGUCUCUCAGUCCCUCCAACGCCCAGUUCAAGCUGCUGCUGCUGCUCGUCUACUGUCACCUGGGAGCCUUCGAGCCUGUGGUGGACCUUUACUCCAGCCUGGACGCCAAGCACGUACAGCACGACACCAUAGGGUUUCUGUUAACGCGUUUUGCUGAGUCAUUGGGUCAGUUUGCUGCAGCCUCCCAGUCCUGUAAUUUCUCCCUCAGGUUUUUCCACUCUAACCAGAAAGAUACCUCAGAGUAUAUCAUCCAGGCGUAUAAGUACGGAGCGUUUGAGAAAAUCCCCGAGUUCAUCGCUCUCAGAAACAGGUUGAACCAAUCGCUGCACUUUGCUCAGGUCCGCACUGAGAGGAUGCUGCUGGACCUGUUCCUCGAGGCCGACAUUGUGUUGAGUCUGGAGGAGAGUGUGAAGGCCAUGUCUUUGUCUCCUGAGGAGGACGACAUACCCUGGGACAAUAUGAGGGACAACAGAGACCUCACUGUUUUUACCAGCUGGGACCCUAAAGAGAGACAGUUAACCGACGAGCACCGGCGCCGCUCUCUGGAGGAGGAGUCCGUGUGGCUGAGGAUACGCUCUCUAACACUCCGCCUCCUCACCUCUCUGGCCGCUCUGGGACACACGCCAUCGCAGCAAAACUCCGAGGUGACCAACGAGAACGGAGUCGGAGACAAAACCUCGAUCCUCAGCAGCCUGCUCUCGCAGCUCAACCAGACUCUGCAGACGGCCGCUCAGAUAGCAGAGAAACGCGUACAGUAUCCAUUCCUGGGCCCCCCCUCCACCCGCCUGGCCUCGGCUCUGUCCAGUGGGAGCUGUCAGUGCCAGGCUGCAGCCCUCCAGCUGUCUGUGCACCUACAGGAGCUGGAGACGGUCGGACUCGAUGAGUCGUCAGAGCUUCAAACUCAGAUCUGUAACGGUUUCAAAUCAUUAGUAGUUCAGCUUCAAGAAAUUCUGAAUAAAUGCAAAGGAGAUUUAUUGGAAAUGAAAGACAGCAAAUUAAAAACCCGGCCCUCCUUAUUAGAAAACCUAGUUUUCUUUGUUGAGACGGUGUGCAUAGUCUUUUGGAUGGCUAGUCACUGUGCCAAGAUCCUCCGACCACUCAAGACAAGUCUACAGAAGAAGAAGAAGAAGAAAAAGGAUGCAAACACAGCUCUGCCAGCGGUGGUGUGUGGCUUCCAGGAGCUGACGGGGAGCUUGCAGGACGUGCUUACCCAGGCUCUGGAGUAUAUAAAGGGGCAGGAAACUGGCAUGACCGCCCUUAAACUGGCCAGUGUAAGCUUGGAAGGACACACACAGGACGAGGCGUCGUUUACGAAGGCUGCUAUGGACAAGGUGCAGAGCAGUUACCUGCGCUCACUACAGGAGGUGGGAGACCUGCUCAAGAAGAGAGCAGAAACUAUAAAGAACCUCAAGAUCUGAACACCAUCACACACCCCAAAUAAUGAUGACUGUACCCCUCCACCACCAUCAGCCCCUCUACGCCCCGUCUGUCUGCCCACCAGCUAACCUCCGAGUCCCACGACCUGCCCGACCUCCUCCCUCCCCUCCGUAUCUCUCCAGUCAGCGUUUGUGAACUCUCAAUCUGGAUUUUUCUUUUCUUUUCUUUCACCUCAUCACACACACACUCACACACACACACACACCUGGAACAUUUGCAACUCUUAUAGCACACGAGCUUGUAAGUAAACUCAUGAAUUUAUACAGCAAGUUAUAAGUGAAAAUGAGGAAAAAAACCAGACAUGCUCCUUUAAGGAAAAAAAAUAGAGCAAAUUAGGAAAAAUGAAUACGCAGUUUUAGAUAAACUAAUCUAAUAAAUUAUUGUACAUAGUAAAGAGCAACUACCACAACUCUCAAAUGAGAAUAUAAGACACAAUAAACCACUAUUCUGUUUGUCAGUUUCCUCUUUUUAUUUCUCACUUUGUUUUUUUCUGGUGAGAACAAUCACACACACACACACACUGGGACUGUUAACACUAAAGAGGAAAUUUAUUUCAAUGUGCUGCUUUUACAGCUGUUUCUCUCCGUCAAGAGCAAGUAGGCACAAUUUUUCAUUGAACUGAAGCUCUCUAUGGAAAUAUGGACACCAUGCUACCUGCAGACUGAAGCUCCUCCAUUCAUUUUUUUGUCAUGCUCUUUUCUUCUUUUUUUCUUUGCUUUGUGUAUCUUUUGUGUCGCUUUGAAAGUGGAACCACCUCCUGUAGUUGCAGUAUUAUAAAGAGCAGUGGUGGGAUGAGUUAACUUUUUUUUUAUCUGAAUUGUCUGCCACUAUUCUUUCUUUCUUUUCUUUUUUUAAUACCAGUAGAAGUGGUGCUUGCAAACAUGUCUUUUGUGGAAUUGGGUUUCAAAAAUCAAGAUCCUUAAAGACUGGAAAGGUUGUUAUUUAAGCAGUCAUCCUAAUAAUACGGGUAACUUCUGUGUUUUUCAACCUGGAUUUUCGAAUGUUUUUGUGUCUAUGCGACUUAAGUAAGAUAACUUUGAAAUUAGUUCAGUAUUAAGUGAGACAGCUGCAAAAAAAACAGGCUGCAAACAACUGUUUUUGCCACUGACAGGAUCAGACUGUUGUUGUAUGUGACAACUUUUUAAAGAAAACAGACCCAAAAUUACUUUUCCAAACCCACCCUAUUUAAUGGUGCUUGUUCUCUCACUGACAGGAUCAUAUUGUUAUAAGUAUCUGACAACAUUAUGGAAAGGAUCCCUACAUAGACAGAAUUUUGUGUUUGGCAAAAAGUGGCCCUCGAAUCUCUAUUGCCAGCUUUGCUUAACAUCACUCAUAAAGUGCUUGUUUUUGCCACUGACAGGCCCAGAUUGUUGUUUUACGUGUCUGAAAAUAUUAGAGUAGAUCCCUACAGAGAAAGACAUUUUUGUUUAAGAGUAAGAUCUUUUUUGUGAGCAAGAAACAGCCAUGAAAUCGCCAUUACCAAACCCACAAGACUCUGUUUAAAUAGUGCUUUUUUUUGCCACUGACAGGCUCAGAUUGUUAUUCAAAGUGGAAAUGAUCCCUACAGAGAUAGACUUUUUUGAUAAUGAGACAAAUCCUGUUUGUGUUAUCAGGAAUGGCACCAAAAUCACCAAACACAUCAGACCUCAUUUAAAUAGUAUUUGCUUUUGCCACUGACAGGCUCAGAUUAUUCCAAAUGUCUGACAUUGUAAAGAGGAUCCCUACAGAGAUAGGCCUGUAAAGAUUAAGAUCCUUUUUUUUGUUUGUUUAACCAGAACCAGACCCAAAAUCACCAUCACCAAACCCACCAGACCUCAUCUAAUUAGUGCUUUUUUGCCACUGACAGGCUCAGACUUUUAGGUGUCUGACAUUAUGGAUCAGACUUCAUUUAACAGUAAUUUUAGCGUGUGUAGAGCCUUUUCAUAUCUAACUUUGUGAAUCAAGAGUUAAUUUCAAUAAAACCACAUUUGGUGAUUGUUGGAACAGUGAAAAGACAACCUAAGACAGCAUUUGUGAGUUUUAUUUUGUUUCUGUCGACU